UGGGUGUCUGGAACAGUUUUUUCCACUUUAGCAUUUAGGUCCCCCACCACAGUUACUCUCUCACUUGGUUCAAAACUACCCAGUCACUCAUUCAACAUCUCCCUAAAGCUCUCUCUUUCUCCUUUACACUCGUCUCUUCUCCAGGUGCAUAAACACUUACUAUAACCCACUUUUCACAUCUGACCCUUAUUUUACUCCACAUAAUCCUCAAAUUUAUACAUUUAUAUUCCCUCUUCUCCUGCCAUAACUGAUCCUUCAACAUAAUUGCUUCCCCUUCCAUAGCUUUAACUCUGUCGGAUACUCCUGACUUAAUUCUGUUUAUUUCUUCCUACUGAAACUCCCCUAUCCUUUUCAGCUUUGUUUUGUGUAGAGCUAAGACAUCCAACUUUUUAUUUGUAACAUUGGCAGUUAUCUUUUUCUUAUUAUCCUCACUACAUUCAUGCACAUUCAAGCAUCCCAACUUCUUAGUUUUUCUUUUAUUAUUAUUAUUAUUCUUUAGUAAUUUAUAUUGGUCAUGGGGUUAUUAGUGCAUUGCUCCUGGUAUUUUAGUUGCCUCUUAUGACAUGCAUGGCUUAUGGAGGAAAGAUUCUUUUCCACUAUUUAAACACACUGGUCAUCUCCCACAAAGGUAGGGUGACUCAAAAAAGAAACAUUUUCACCAUCCUUCACUCUGUCACUUUCUUGUCAGAGGCUUGUUGAUACUACAGUUCAGAUGCCUUUCUAAACUGCAGAUAUCCUUGCCCCUUCUUUAGAGUGCAGGACCCCAAGACUCAAGUUAAGCUGUCAUAUCUCAUAUCUCAUUGUAGGGUAUCUUACGGUAAGUUGAUAUAUGAAAUUCAUUUAUGUUGGAUUUGUAAAGUCUUAGAAUGUAUUCCUAUGUUUUGUAUAUUGUAUUCAACUUGCUUUAUUUGAUAUCUCUUUAUGUGCCAUCAGCCAUGAAUGCAUCCAUAGCAUACAGUAGGGGACACCUGUACUUGGAGGCAGCUCUAUUAAAUUGCCAAGAUACUUGGCAACUGAAGGCGAUGUUUGUGGUCAGUUUUGUUUAAAACAAAAGUGUAAGAAUUUGUUCAUUUGUUAUGUAUGGGUCAGAUAAUGUUAAGAAUGGUUAGUGAAUAUAUAGUAUGAACAAAUUUCUUCCUGUGUCAUGUGUAAUAUUGCAAGGAUAUGUAUGUUCAGAGGCAGCGGGCCAGUGGUGAAGACUCUACUGGUGAGGGUGGGGUAGCAUCUCCAUUACCAGAAGAAACUGAAGAAGACAGAAAAAGGAACUCCAGACUAAGAAAAGUUGAGAAGAAGAUGAAAGAAAUAUCAGACAAAAUUAAAGAAUUAGAAUCAAGUGAGGUUGACUUCAAUGACGAAACAAAUUCUGCAUAUUUGGUGGAGGAAAGAUUGAAAAGACAGUUUAGCAAACUUCAUGAUUACUACUGUAAAGUUGCUAACUGUUCUUCUGCCACAGGUCGUCCAAUUGAAAGAAAGUUCCGGUAUCAAGGUAGCUAUAGUGUUAAUAGUUGUCUUAUAGAGUACAGUAUUACCUGGCAGUUAUUUUUUUUGUGUGUACACUUACCUAUUUGUACUCACCUGUUUGUGGUUCAAGGAGUUGAGUUAUAUCUCCUGGCCCUGCUUCUUUGCUGGUUGUUACUAGAUCCACUCUUUCCCUGUUGGUUGUACAUUUCUUAAAGCUAUGUAUGGAUCCUGCCUCCUCUACAUCACUUUCUAGAUUCUUCUACUUUCUGACAACUCUUGCACUGAAGAAAUACUUCCCAACAUCCCUGUGGCUCAUCUGAGAUUUUAACUUCCAGUUGUGGCUGCUUGUUCCUGUGUCCUGUCUCUGAAGCAUUCUGUCCAUGUCUACCUUGUCAAUUCCUCUCGCCCUGGCAGGUCAUAGCAGCUCUCCUUAAUUGCACAGUAUCCCUACGAUCCCCGUUGGGGAGGGGAACCUCUACCAUCUCCACGAUGUCUCAUCGUGUGAGAAUUAAGCCCAAGUCUGCUGUCGUCGAUGACGCCACGAAGCUUGAGCUUGCAGCUUCUCUCAACACUUGUAUUUACGCAAAGUUCUCCAAGAUCACGUCACUGAAAGAAGCUUUCAUCGUCACUUUUCUUGAUGAUACUGAAGCUGACAAGGUGCUUACACCUACUGCCAUGAAGACCUUAGAAGACUGAGGCUUUACCAUCUCUACGUCACCAUACAUGCUUGCAAAACGUUCAGUGUUUAUGAAACGUCUUGACAAGCUGAUCACGAACAUGACCAUCCAGGAAAUUACUACAUCACUUGAAGACCUCAACACCUGGGCCAAGAUUGACAAUGUAGUGAAGAUCCCCAACGCUUCCUCAAUGCUCAAGGUCACAUUCCUGGACGUUACCAUGGCGACCAGAGCACUGUCUGAUGGCCUGGCCAUCUUUUACUACUACAUCAACCCUUGACAGAUUGAACCUGAACGCUUCAUGUACAUAACACCUUGCUGGACAUGUUACUCGUACAGUCACUCUACUGCCGACUGCCACGUGAAGAAUAAGAAGAUAUGUUCCACCUGUGGGUCUGCAGGACAUGAUUUUCUUUCUUGCACUUCCACUGCUGCUCCCACUUGCAUCAACUGUAAGAGUGAUCACCAUACUCUUGCAGCCAAGUGUCCAGUGCGAAAGGAUAUCCUUUCUAAGAAACUAAAGGAAGAAACAAAGAAUUCAUCAGGAACCUCUCCUACAUACGCUGCAAUUGCCAAGAUUCAAUCUACAACAUCCAAGAUUCUACAAGCUACUCAACAGUCGUCUCCAAGAAUACUUCAAGCAUCUACUCAGCCUUCCUCCACCGUCAUCACUCCUCCAACAUGUGACGUAACCAAGAUCCACUACUGUUUAUUAUACGCUCACAUGCAGAACAUGGCUGUACCUGGAUCAUUUAACUCUACCAUCAACGAGUUAUUUGCAUUAAAUAACUUGCCUUCAUUUACAUUUCCCGCAUCUCCACCUUCUGAAGAAAUUCUCAAAUUCACCAAAAACUUAAUCGCCAACUCUUCUGCAGAAGUUCCAUCAACACCACCAACUAGUGACGUCAAUCCAACAACGACCAAUGAGAAGCCUCCACCGCCACCACCUCUCACUGAAUCCAACCAAUCAGAAGCCUUACCACCAGAAACAUCUUCUAAUUCGUCUACUGAAGUUGAAAAUGAAGCAACACCACCUUCCUCUACUCCACCACCGCCUUCUCUACUCCACCACCGCCUUUUCUACUUAGCUCACGUCGAUUACCUGGAACACCAUGCUUUAAACAUAAAGGACUCGUAUUCUACACCACGAGGCUAUACCCUGCAAGCAUGACUCGCCUAGAACUCAUCCAACAUAUCCAAGACAACACUGUAUCGUACCAAAGCGAAGAAAGACCACUCCCUCCUACAACCAGAUACUCCACCACCUCCAAACCAACGAAGACUACUACAGCUCUCCCAUAAGUGUGAUACAAUUGGCAGGGGUUGAGUAUGUUUUGUGACGUUAUAAAUGAAUAUAGUCUCCUGUGCACGAGUUUCUCGAAGAUUUUGGAUAGCAAUGGUAAGUUUGAUAUUGGCCUAUAGUUGUUUACAUCUGUAGGGUCACCACCUUUAUGUAUUGGUGUAACCCUUGCUAUCUUGAGUAGUGUCGGGAAAGUGCUAGUUUCUAGUGACUUGUUAAAAAGUAAUGUAAUAGCAUGCGAAAGGACAUGGGCCGCUCGCUUGUUCAAUAAUGGUGGGACAUGAGACAGAUUCCCUGAGUUAUUUUUAAGUGACUUUAUGAUCGCAGUGACUUCCGUGGGCUCAGUUGGUACAAGAUAGAAGGAAUUUUGGAAAUUCCCAUCUAGGUAGUCCCUGGCACGGGCAUUGGUACGUGGGAUUUUACUGGCGAGAUUAGAUCCUAUGUUUGAGAAGAAGUCGUUUUUCUUGUUAGCUGUAUCAUUGGGAUGCAGUGGUGUUUCAUGAGGUUUAGUUAGGACAAUAUUCUUGUUUUUUUUCAGUUUGUGGGUCCCCAGAAUCUGGGAAAGUGUUUUCCAGGUCUUUUUUAUAUCUCUCUCUUGGAACAUAAGAAAGGAGGAACACUGCAGCAGGCCUGUUGACCCAUACUAGGCAGGUCCUUUACAAUCCAUCCCACUAACAAAACAUUUGCCCAACCCAAUUUUCAAUGCUCCCCAAGAAAUAAGGUCUGAUAACUCUAUCCACUCAUUUGCAAGUCCCACUCAAAUCCAACCCCUCUCACUCAUAUAUUUAUCCAACCUAAAUUUGAAGCUACCUAAAGUCCUAGCCUCAAUAACCCAACUAGGUAGACUGUUCCACUUAUCAACUACCCUAUUUCCAAACCAAUACUUUCCUAUGUCCUUUCUAAAUCUAAACUUGUCUAAUUUAAAUCCAUUACUGCAGGUUCUCUCUUGGAGAGAUAUCCUCAAGACCUUAUUAAUAUCCCCUAAUACCUAUCUUCCACUUAUUCACUUAGAUCAUGUCUCCCCUCAUUAUCCGUCUAACAAGUGAAUGUAGUUUAAGAGUCUUCAAUCUUUCUUCAUAAGGAAGAUUUCUAAUGCUGUGUAUUAAUUUAGUCAUUCUACGCUGAAUGUUUUCUAACGAAUUUGUGUCCAUUCUGUAAUAUGGAGACCAGAACUGAGCUGCAUAAUCUAGGUGAAGCCUUACUAAUGAUGUAUAAAGCUGCAGUAUAACCUCUGGACUUCUGUUGCUUACACUUCUUGAUAUAAAUCCCAAUAAUCUAUUUGCCCUAUUACAUACACACUGCUGUCUUGGUUUAAGGUUACUGCUCACCAUAACCCCCAAGUCCUUUUCACAAUCUGUACGGCUAAGUUCUACAUUAUGGACACUCCCGAGCUUCAGAACCUUGCAUUUAUCUACAUUGAACUGCAUGUGCCACUUUGCUGACCAGGUAUUGAGUUUGUCUAAAUCCUCCUGAAGUUCCCUGAUAUCUACGUUUGAAUCAGUUAUCCUACCUAUCUUUGUGUCAUCGGCGAAUUUGCUCAUUUCACUAGUAAUUCCCUCGUCAAGAUCAUUGAUAUGUAUUAUAAACAACA